AAACUCCAUUAUUUUUUUGGCACGGAAUCCUAAGGAAAAAAUAGGAACUUGGAAACAAGGAUAAAGCAAAAGGUACACAAUUGAGUCCAAAUCAUAUCAGAAGACAUGGUUGCACGCCCAAAUGAAGUUUGAGUCGAUGUUUCGGGUUUGAAUGGAACGAUCGCACCCGCUACGACCGACAAGGAUCAUCUCGAAAUUAAAGUCAUUUGCGACAAUGCAACGGGCGCAAUAAAACCCAUCGUUAUUGCUCUUUGUUUUUAAACAGGACGGGCCGAUGGUACACGCCUAAGAGACGAACAAUUUAACAAAAAAAUUAUGAUCGUUUCAUAAAAUAACGGUUAUAACAGCAGCCCUUGCAACUAAACUCUGUCAACUAGCUAGCUAGCUAUUGCUAUCUCUAGCUUCUGCACUGCAGCGCGGCGAAGGAACAGGAAACUUCGUAAACAGAGUUGCACUCUCACGUGUGGAGAAAAGGUUGCUUCCAGGACAUCAAACAGAACCCAGUGACACAUUUCACACCCACUGUUAUCCUCACUUCUCCUUACCAACUGAUGGCUUGUUUGUACGGGGAAAUUCCCAGGCUUCAACAGAGCGCACGAGUAGAGCAGAACAGCAGAGAGGGCGUGAGCGCAGGCAGGCAGUCAGCUGGAUCGGUGUCCCAGUGUGUACAGCUCUGCUCUGUGAACAUGUCCUCUGAGAGCUGGAUUCCUUGGACGCUACUGACCAGGGCUAUAUGAAGAUGAAAAGGUGCUGGAAGCCUGUGAGCAGAAAAUGACGGGAGGUAGUGAGUGUGCUGCUGGAGACAAAGAUGGCGUCCCCACACGGACAGCACAGGUGCCCGUGGGUUGGCAGAGAAAAUUGGAGGACGGGGCGGUGGCCUACAUCAGCCCAAGUGGCACCAUCCUGUCCUCAGUGGAAGAGGUUAGGGCGUACCUGCUGACAGACAGCACGUGUAAGUGUGGGUUGGAGUGCCCACUGGUCAUCCACAAGGUCUUUAGCUUUGACCCGGUGGCUGUAGUGAGGCCACAGAGCCAACAGCCUGGCAAGGCCGAGGAGGACAUGACGAAGCUCUGCAACCACCGCAGGAAAGUGGUCGCCAUGGCAGCACUGUGUCGCAGUAUGCAGGCCUCCCAGCUUCCUCUCCACGGCCCCGGGAGCUCCUUCUGUUCCAUGGAGAGAGGGGGCCCUCUGGGAGUCCGGAUGGAAGACGGAGGCCACUGCACUUAUUCAGUCCAACCUCGACUCUCUGCUCAGUCCAGGUCCAACAGCAGCCCGGCCCCUUGCGGAGCAAGCAGCAGCUUCCCCGUGUCUCCUACAAUGACACUCCACCACAACGGAUCCUUGGCUCACUCCAACGCUCUCCUGUCCUCCGAGGGCGCGGUCGUCUCAAAGAGGCCGUCGUCGUCUUCCCCCGGUUGCAACUCGGCGGGCUACGGCGUGCCUCCGUGGUGCGCCCGUCCCUCCACGCCUCACACCAUCAUCCAAAGGCUGCCCCAGGCCUCGGGGUCGCCGGGCUCGUCAAAGCUGGGGACCCACCCGGGCAGCGUCUUAUCGCUGGACGUCGCGCUCUCUGCCUCGUCCUCGCCGUCCGCUUUGUCUCUGACCAUGACGGGAGGAAGGCCCGGACAGAGCCAUCAGCAGCAGCAGCAGGGAAGCGGCGUCAAGUCGCCCUCGCCCAUCUCCCUGUGCCUGUCGCCCUCCAGGCCCCUGGACGCUACCUCUCCCCACCAGCGCUCACGCCACUCCUCCGCCUCCUCCACGCUCUCUGAGCAAGGCGUCGUCGUCGCGGGGCCUCUGGGGGGCGCUAAGCCGCCCUGCCCGGCACGCUCGCCGCUGCCCCCCAACGCCGUGCCCUGCCUCUCGCCCAAAGUCCCCCUGCGUCCGGCGAGCCCCCGCGGGCGCCUGGAGGGCAUGUUGCAGCACUACAAAGACUGCAGCGCCGCCGGCCCUGCUCCACCGCAGCACCCCAGCAACCAAAGCAACUUUCAGGUACCCCAAAAUCUGUCCCAUUUCGUGGCCGGCGGCGACAGGAAGAACGGUCCGGCGGCGGCGCCCGGCCCGGGGUCGUCGGUCCACGGUUCGGCUGGGGCGGCCGGCGGGUUCCUGGGCCUGCAGAAGACCCCGCAGCACGUCUCCUCGUUCCCGGCCAGCAGCCUGCUCUCGGCCGCCGCCAAGGCCCAAAUGGCCAGCCAGAAGAGCCAGACUCUGGGCGGCGCUGUGGACGGUGGCGUGACGUCCUGCGCGGGCCCCGAGAAGGACCCCCAGCAAUCCAAGGUAUUGAUAAGCACUUUAAACAGUAGCCUCCCCCCCUCCAGCGCUCGGCCACUCCCCAUGACCGCCUUCCUGCUUCCCCACUCCCCGUCGCUCCCCUCCCAGGCCCUCGGCCAGACCCUGCCGCUGGCGCUGACCACGGCGGACAAGGUCUCGCGCCGCAAGCGCCAGCGCCGGUCUCCCACGGUGCUCAGCAUGCUCAAGGAGUCGCAGCUGCACAGCCUGAGGGCCGUCGGAGACCUCUGCGCUCUGCCCGCCCCCAGCUCCGUCCCCUCCCCUUCCUCCUCCCCUUCCUCCUCCUCCCCCUCCCCCUCCCCCAGCACCCCUCUGCUCCCCCCUCCGUCCUCGGAACACUUCCCCGCGCAGCAGUGCCCUUCCGCCCCCCACAACUGCUCUCUCCCCCCUGGCCUCCCCAAGCAGGCGGACGCGGAGGACCUCCGGCGGCUUGGCCCCGCGGUCCAGCCCCUAGCGACGCCGUCGCCGUCCCAGCCGCUCUCAGCUCUCCUGCAGCUCCUCAGCAUGCAGAACGCCCAGGCUUCCGCAAUCGCCACGCAGUCCUCCUCUUCCUCCUCCUGCUCCUCCUCUUCCUCCCCCCUCGGCCCCGCCAACAACAACAACGGCCGGCUGGCCCACGCGCCGUCCCCUGUGGCCGGCCUCGUGGUGCAACCCCUUGACCACUGCGACGCUCCGCACAUGCAAACCGCUCAGCAGCAGCAGCUGGCCCAAAGCCUCGUACCGGCUCUGGAGAGCCCACCUCAGCUGCCCUCUGCACACUCGUUCCCCCUGAUGGCCAUGGCUGAGGAGAUGGACGCUGCCAUUAACACCACCCCCACCACCACCUUCACCACCACCACCACCACAGCCAUGCUCAAGUCAAGCCCCAGCCAUAUCCUCAACCUCAGCCAGCACCGCGCCACCACUGCCCCAUCGGGUCCACCACAGGACGCCAGCGGUCAGAUCCUCGGCCUGCUGGGCCAGCUGUCCGCUGCGCCCCCGUGUGGCCCCAAACUGGGAGUCGGACCUCACGAUGAAGUCAGCUACUCCACCCAGAGUCAGGCGAUGGACGCAGAAGGUUCUCUGGUGUCCGUGGAAACGGUGGACGGCGCCGAGGCCAGGCUGCUGGGUCCGUGUGCCUCUGACCCGGGCUUGACUCUCCCCUCGGCCGACCCGUGCAGUGCCCUGCAGCUGGCCGAGUCCUUCCCCUUCAUGAACCAGGAGCAGCUCCUCCAGCUGCUCUCGGCCAACUCUGGACUGCCCUCCCUGCUGCCCCCAUUCCUGGGCUCCCUCCCCCUGUGGACGGGGCUACAGCAGACCACACAAACAACGGCCCAGCCACAACAGCCCCCGCAAAAUCACCACCACCACCACCACCACCACCACCAACAACAACAACAACAACAACAACAUCAACAGCAACAGCUGCAACAAGCAGGCCUGCUCAACCAGACCUCCCAGCUAAACAUCUUACCGUCUCUAUCAGGAGCUCAGGGAGACUUUCCAGUCAAUCUCAUUAGUCUGCUAAACCCCCCCCCGCCGCCUCCGCCUACUGCUGCUGCCGGUGUGGCUGUCCAGGGUUCGCCGGGCGACGCCGGAGACAAGCCCAGCCUCCAGGCCCUGCUCAUGGCGUCUCUGCUGCUCAGCCAGCAGCACGCGGCCACCAUGCUGCCGCUAGCCGGCCUCGGACAGCUCAACCUGGACAUGCAGUCGCAGCAGCAGCAUCAGCCGGGGGGGGCGGCGUUCGCCCCGCUGCCGGACGGCCUGUCGCUCGAUAAGACGCCGGGGCUGCUGGACUCGGUGCUGACGGGCCCCGGGCUCCUGGAGGCACUCCAGGGCCUGGUGACGGCGGGCGACGCCGGGGCUCUCUCGGCCCCGCAGUCCCUCCUGCUCUCCGCACCCCUCCCCCCUCCGGCCUUCCUCUCCCUUAACCCCGCGCUGCUGGCCGCCGCGCUCGGCCCUGCUGACCCCCUCCCCACCCAACACUCCCCGCCGGCUCACUCUCAGGGGACUGUCUCCAGCCCUUCGGCAGGCUCUACCUCUGUCCCCUGCGCCCCUCUGCUGCCCAGCGCUGUGCCUGAAGAAAUGAACUCUCUGGUGCCCCUGACCGAACAGGACAAGAGCAAUGGCCAGAACCCUCCACUCCUGCCCCCUCUGCUCCCCCCAGGGAUGAUGGGUGACCUGACAGCCCUGGGCAACAUCAGUGGCCUCCACAGUUUACUGGGUGCAGGACCUUUGCUGCUGCCCCAAGUGCCCGGCCCUGCGCUGGGCGUUCCUCUGCCCCAAGGCCAGGGUGCCCUUAACCCACUAGCCUGCCUCAUCAACAGCCUACAGCUUAACAUGGGCCCCACCCUCACCGUGGACAAACAGCUGGGCCUGGCCGAAGCCACCAACGCGCCCCAGGAAGAGGACAUUCCGGUCAGCCAGCUGGCCCAGGAGCCCGUGCCCAACCCAGGCCACGUCCAGAGCGCUCAGCCCCCACAGCGGGAGAGCGCCGCCGCCGGGGCGCUGUUUGACCCCUACGGCUCCUUCAUGGACACCAUCUACACCUCCUUCCUGCAGGUCAGCGGAAAGGACCCCGACGCGCUGGGCGGAGGUGGCGGUGUGUCGGGCGGAGCCUCCUCCUCCUCCUCCUCCUCCUCGUCCUCCAACCCGCUGUCCUUCCCGGCGCCGGACCUCCCCGCCCUGCUGGCCCAGCCAAGCGCUCCGCCGUCCCUGAGCCCGCGCCGGGCCUGCUCCGUGCACAACUCGGACCUGUCGCGCCUGGGCAUGGAGGCGGCGCAGUCGCCGGCCCGCGGAACGCCCAAGCUCAGCGAGGACGCCUCGUCCACGCCGCCGCCCAGCAAGCCGGCGGGGGGGGGCUCGGAGGGACACGACGACCAAGCGCCGCCGCAGACGCUGCCGCUGCCGCCCGCCUUCCUCGAGGAGGCCAAGACGGACGGCUCGUCCUCACUGUGCGUCUACAGCAACGGGCUGGCCGCGGGGACGGGCCUCCAGGAGGAGCGGGAGGAGGGGGACGGGGGCCGAACGCAGCCGCAAGGCUACCUCAGCCCCCGCGCUAACGCUGAGCCCACGCAGGACAGCGCGGUGUCCAAUGAAGCAGACUCGGGGAAGGAGUCCGCCACACGGACAGGAGGCCGGAGAGGAAGGAAGAGGAAACAAGUACUUGAGAGGGUGGCAGAAGGACCUGGGGGUCUAGACAGCAUCAUAGAGGAACCACAAGUUACAAUAGCACUGCCCAAGCCUGCAAGGUCCACGAGGGGCAAGAGGAGAAGAGUGGUCAGAUAGCCUCUCUCCUGACCUCGCCUGGCGGCCCCCACCCUUGGGCAGUUAGUGGACUUCUCUACCCCAUCAACACCAGCACUGUCACCGCCUGGUGACCACCCCCCAGCCCACCCAAUCCCUGAACCCCUGUAUGUGGCCGAGUCAUUGUGAAUCACUGCGCCUCACUGUGAAGACCCACAGAGACUUUUCAACGACUCCCGUUCCCCAAUAGGUGUGUUGUUCAGAUCCCCCCCCCCCCCCCCUCUCGUGGAGCCAGUUGUGUGCUGUUGGGACCACUUUCUGUUUCCACGCCAACCCCAUACUCCCAGAGAUGCUGGGCCAUCGCAUCCCUGGUUGUUUUGAGGGGCAGAGAACAGGAGAAGUUUAGCUGCGAUAAAUGGAUUAUCAUUCAUUUUCAUUCUGUGUGGGAUAUUUCUACAUAUAUAGGAAAAUUGUAUAUGUCUGUGUGUGUGCGUUUGUGUGUUCACAUCGGCAACUGUGUGUAUGUGUGUUGUGAUUUUUUUUAGUUGUGUAUUACAUCAGGGUCAUGGAAAACUUGAAUGAAGUGAGUGCAGUAGGUCCAGGAGCAGUUGUUUUGCAUGUUGCGCUACGUAAGUGUGUAAGUGUGUGUGUCCUGCUGUUGCUGAGACCAGAGCGUGACCCAGCGGCACCCUUGGCACACUCGAGCUCUGCGCCCACGCCUCACCCGCCACACAGCGCUACAGUGCCCCACCUGGCCCACACAGUGCUACUGCACACAUGCACGCGUCUCAUUACCAACCAACCAACCAACCAUUCUCUCAGCGCUGGGUGGCCUUGUCGCUGGAGAUGUGGAGACGCCUCAGGCCUGUUUUUUUUUUCCCCCUUUGUGACGCUCAUCCUAUCCUGACACAAUUCUCAGUGGGACCCAUCAUCAAGCUUGGCACGAAUUUGCCAAACAGAGAAAAAAAAAAAAGAAAACCUACACGCUCGCUCCAUGAGGAAAAGGGGGCACCUACUCCUCCCUGGUCCGUUGAGACAAAUGUUGAUUUCUUUGGGUUUUUGUUGUUCUCUUAACCAUGUGUUUGGGGAGUGAGGGAAGGGGGUGGGGGAGGGAUGAGGAGGAAAGUUACCCAUGGCCAUGGGAUUGAUUAGGAUCCCGUCUGUGAAAUCAGGUUCUCCGAGGUGUCCUCUGCCGGUGUGAGCAUAGCAUAGCAUAGCAGCAGUCUGCCACUCACGCUCUCAACAGGAUCAACAGCAGUCCUGUUCUCAUAUUUGGAAGUCUGAAUCCGGCUUCCCAUCCUUCAUCAACAUAGGCACAAGUUACUGACUAUUUAAAAUAAUGAUUUAAGUAAUAAUGAAGCAGAAUAUGCAAUUUUACUAUCAAAUUUUUGUAUAUAUGUACAGUUUUAGUAUUUUAUUUUGUACACUUUUUUAGGAAAAAAAUGAUCAAUUUGUAAAGUAUUUCUUCCUCAGACGAUGCCCCUUUUCCCUGCCGUUUUCAUAUUUACGUUCGAUUUGUAAAGAGAAUCCUUUUAAAAUUGUGAAUGGUAGCAUUUUGUUUUUCAAUGGAAGUUGAUUUGUUUUGUUUUUUUAUUUAACAGAUUAAAAACAUGUUUACCAGA